CAUACUCGCUAUGCUGUUGUCUCUGACCUGCUUUACAGAUUGAGACAAAAAUCGUGGAAGUGGCAUUCAGACAAGAAGAAAGAUGUCAAUUUCCUCAAAAAUUUACCAGGCGCAUCCAAAACGCUCCAGAUUUUCAAUGCUGAUCUUGAACAGCCAGACAGAUUUGAUGCAGUCAUUGAAGGAUGCAUUGGAGUGUUUCGUGUGGCUCAUCUCAUUGAUCUCGAAGACAAAGAAUCAGAACAAGUCAAGACCAGAAGAGCAAUCAAUGGGACUCUAAGCAUUUCAAAAGCUUGCCUUGAUUCCAAGACAGUGAAAAGAGUAGUGUACACUUCUAGUGCAUCAACUGUGGUGUUCAAUGCCAAGGGUGGUUUAGAAGAAAUGGAUGAGAGAACAUGGAGUGACAUAGAUUUUAUGAGAGAACUUAUGCCUUUUGGAGCUUCGUACAUGAUUUCCAAGACAUUAACAGAAAGAGCAGCUCUAAAGUUUGCAGAAGAACGUGGAUUGGAUCUUGUGACAGUAAUUCCUUCUGUUAUUGGAGGCCCCUUCAUUUGCCCCUAUUGCCCCGGCUCUGUCUACACAUCAUUGGCUAUGAUUUUCAGUUACAAGUAUCCAAAUAAGUUUCUUGCUAAUAUACCUUUGGUGCAUGUCAAUGAUGUGGCAAGUGCAAACAUCUUCCUUCUUGAAAAUCCUGAUGCGAAAAGAAGAUCCAUUGAGAGAACAAAAGACUCGUGGGGGCACGAAGUGCCUCAAUAUACGAGGCAUGCAAGAGGGAGAGCGUAUUACAGUUUCUUUCAAUGAGGUCGGCCAGCCCAUUGGGGGAAGAGGGCGUAUUACGGUGUCUAAUUGUCAUAGGUUUGUAACGAGAUUGGAACUUCUCAAGCACCGCCACAAGUACCACGACAUGCAGAUCAUCCUCCUCUUCAAAUACACUCGUUGUUCCAUCCUGGAAGAGGAUUUCAAUUAGAUAUCUGUUCGCUUCAGUUCUCGAGAUCUGGCUUGUUAACAAUAUUGUGGUUGACUCAGCACUUACAUUUAUGAAGAAAUACUACUUGCAGUGGUAAGUUUUAUCGUUUAGAAUUCUCAAGUCAUUCAUAUUCAAUCUUACCAUAUCUUAUUGUUUUUAAUUUGUCCUUUGACUUUUGAGAUCCGAAUGCACAGGGAAGUCAGACUCCUUUUGAGUGUUCAAUUUUAGAUAUAACUAUUUAUUAACGAUUCUCCCCUACAAAUCCUAUGUCCAUAUUUCAUCUUUUGUUUUGUUCAAGUUUGCAACCACUGUACCAGGUCAAGAUGCAUGAAGGUUUGAUGACAUUAGAAAGGAAAGCAUGAUGCAUUAUAAGACAACCAUGGAAAAUGUGAUAGGAUUUGACGGUUUGGGGACUAUCAGAAACCUGAACAGAAGCCCAGUGAGAGAGCUUGUCUUAGUGGGAAUGUUGUGAUGUAUCUAAAUGAUAACUAAUUGAACCAUGUGCCGUAGGAGAAUUAUAUUGCUCUUGUGCUCCCGAUGAUGGGAAAUGCAUCACAUUGGAAUUUGGAAGUGUUGGAAAUGGGGGCAUUAAAAACAUAAACUUUGGAUGAAAUUUGGAAUAGAUUCUGCUAAUAAUAAUUUGCAGAUCUCUAGACGAGCGUGUUUCUCUCCGCAAGGAGAUGAACGUGGUAUAUUUACUUUCUUAAAUCCGUUUCCGGGUGAAUGAGAAAUUAGCUCCAAAGUAUGGUGUUUUGAUAAGUCUAAAUGGGUAUGCAAAAUGUGAGAAGUGUUUGUUCCACAUGGAAAAAAUGUUGAAACAAAUUGAAAUUUAAAUAAGCUGAGUUUAAGAUUUGGGCUUGGGUUUGGGCCUAAUUGUAAAGUCCAGAUUAUUUUUUUUUGGAAUUUUGGAUUGGGCCUAAUUUUGGGCUGGGCUUAUUUAAAUGGGUUUCACUAA